AUGCAUUCUCAUCUUCAUACCCCCUACAACGUCAACUGCGAGGAGAUUAUGACCGCCCUCGACGAAUGCCACGCCAAGGGAUUCCUUUGGAAAGCUGUUGGCAACUGCAAUGACAUCAAGCGCGAGGUCAACAAGUGUCUUUCCGCUGAGCGUUACGACCGGGCGAAGCGGAACCGAGAAGAAGCACGCUCCAACCGGCGGCGCAUCGAAGACAUCUGGGCAAAAGAGCGAGCUAUAGAUCAGCCCUCGACUGCUGCCCCUGAGAAUGCUGGUGCUUCCAAGCAAUAG